AUGGGCUUGAAUGGGACGAAGAAGAACGGACUUUUCUCGACUCUGGAGGCCUCCGGACUCGCAAAUUGGCAUUACAUACCUUCGAUGGGCACAGGACUCCCCAAAUCUGUUUUCCAAGGUGCUCUUUUCUCUCGGCACAAGGAAAACACAGCUGUUUGCUCUGGUUUGAAGUUCGCACUGGGCAAUUUUUCUGACGACUUUCAAAGCUCUAGCUAAUUUCACCGAGGUUUUUCGCAUAGAGAAAGGAGGAUUUUGAGCGAGAAAAAUUUCUAGACAAAAACUGAGGCGUGAAUAAAGUGGAUGGAGUGUUUAUUUUUGAUGAAUAAAGAAUUGUGAGAUGAAGAUUAUGUCUUUGAGUCUCUUCUUUUAUGUUUUGUAUGAGAGAGAUUAACAUAGAAACCUACUCGUUAUGUGGAAAUCUGUCCACGGCAACAUUGAGAGGAUACAAUGAACAGUUGGGCCUUCUGGCUUGGCGCCAAACUUUCAGCUUGAUGGGCCCCAAGUGCUAA